ACUUACCUGAAGAGAGACAGAGAUAAAGAGAGAGAGAGAGAGAGAGAGAGAGAGAGAGAGAGGGAGAGAUCUCGCACCUCUCCUCUCCUGACAAGCGAGAGUGAGGAGUACUAACUGGGCACGGUGCUAAGCUACAUAAGUCGCCAAGAUGCCUAAGAACUGUGCCGCCGUGGGAUGCACCAACCAUAACAUGAUGACCCACAAAAAGCUUUCCUUCUGUAUCUUCCCCAACAAGAAGAAGCAGCCGGAGCGGUGGAAGAAAUGGGUGCAGGCCCUCAACAGGGUCAACCACGACGGUUCUGACUGGCAGCCUGGAGGGAAAUAUGUCUACCUCUGUUCUGAACACUUCAUGACAGGAAAGCCAAGUCCUGAUCCUGACCACCCUGACUAUCUUCCUACUGUGUUUAAGAACAGACCAGCAGACUCAGCCACCAGUAGAAAGUUUCAGAGACUGGACAGGACCUUUACUGAAGGUGCAGCACACAAUGGUCCCUCAUCUUCCUCCACCUCCUCCUCAGAAACAUUUCAAGUAUCACCCAGCAAGUUCUCAACAACCAGUGCAAGCAUGAAGGACAAGAUAAUGUCAUCAGACCCCUCCCACCUGAUGCUGACAGAUCCCCCAAGGAAGGUGUCAGGUUAUACCCAGACCCCGACGCUAAUAAAUAAUAACCACAAAUUUAGAAACAACAAUAACAGGACUAUGAUGUAUGAUAUGGUGGAUAGCCUGAAAGAUAAAGUGGAUAAAGUAGACUUGAAAAGGAAAAUUGAAGGUUUUGAAAGACAGCUUGCAGUUUCAAGAUACGAGUCAAACAAAUGCAUGAGACCAGAUGAUGAUAACUGGAUUCAUUUUACUGGACUUGAUUCUAUAAUUUUUCAGACUUUUUGUGCUCUGAUAAUUGCUCAGCUCUUCAGUGGUGAUAAGUGAAGGCUUAGAAUGCUCUCAACCCUUCAUAAGUUAUUAUCUAACACAAGCAACCAAGUGAUGGGUUUAUUCCUUUCUUCCCUGCCUUCCUAGUAUUGCCCUGUGUGACAUGAAUACUAGAAACACUGAUAAGCAGGUG